UGGUACACAAAAUAUUUAAAAAACAGAAAAAAUAUCUUCUUCCGUUGUCAUCAUCCUCCAUUCAACGGUUUUGCCUGUUGUUCCAAAUUCCAAUAAUUCUUCUGAAUCGAACCUUAUCAAUGGAGGGAAGAUGAUUUCAAACUAACUCGGUUUUAUGUAUUUAGGUUAAUUUUGUUCAUCAGGCAUGUUGCAGAUGAUGUAAUGAAGGUGCUCAUUUUGAUUUUUAGAUGCAUUUGCAGCACUGCCACCGAAUCUAACUGACAAUUAGGAGCAACUGGCGUUUUAAUAAGAUAUUAGGACUAAGUCACAAUGUCUACAAACGAUAAUUCUGGAGUUGACGAAGAGAAAUCUAACGGAGGUAAAAUCAAGAAUCGUGUUGAUUUGCAUAUCGAAACCUCCUCUCGAAGAGGAUUUCUUAGGGACGGAGAUGCUCAAACUCCAAGUGACGGUAGCCUAACUAACAGAACACCGAGUUUUCUUGUAUUCGGUAAUUUAGGUACACCAACCGCCAAAUUCCAACGACUUGCCCAAGAAAAAGAUCAAUUCUCACGCACCGUACCUUCAAGCACAAGUCAAAAGAUCCGAGAUCGCCUGUCAAGGGUCUUUUCCAAGAAAAUCGAUUGGGUAUCCCUUCAGAAAUUGGCUAAAGAAUGGAUACGAAACCCGAUGAACAUGGUCCUCUUAAUCUGGAUUAUAGCGGUUGCUGUCUCGGGUGCAAUUCUCUUCCUUGUAAUGACGGGUAUGUUAAACCACGCCCUUCCUCGAAAAACGCAAAGAGACGCUUGGUUUGAAGUCAACAACCAAAUUUUAAAUGCCCUUUUCACCCUCAUGUGUCUGUACCAACAUCCACAACGUCUUUACCACCUUGUACUCCUGAUAAGAUGGAGAAAAGAAGAUGUUACGAAGUUAAGAAAAAUAUACUGCAAAGACGGAACUUAUAAACCGCAUGAAUGGGCACACAUGUUAGUUGUUAUCUUGCUGCUUAACCUUAACUGUCUUGCACAAUAUGCUUUAUGCGGUUUAAAUGUCGGUUACAGACGAUCAGAAAGACCCGCAAUCGGGGUGGGUAUAACUGUCUCCAUAGCAAUCGGUGCGCCUGCAAUUGCGGGUGUGUAUUGUGUCGUUAGCCCGCUUGGAAAAGAAUACGAUACACCCUCAGAUGAAGAAUCACAGCUUAAACAAGAUAAUGUUAGUCAUAGUCAACGAAAUCAACAACGUGUCAAAUCAUUCGAAAGAAGAUUCUCGUUCACUCCCCGAGACGAACAAACAAACGAAACGAGCCCAAAAUGGAGCGGGGGUAUAUUCGACUUUUGGGAAGACAUAUCGUUAGCAUACCUCUCGUUAUUUUGUAGUUUUUGUGUUUUCGGUUGGAAUAUGGAGAGACUCGGAUUCGGAAACAUGUACGUUCACACCGCAACGUUUCUUCUGUUCUGUUUGGCGCCUUUUUGGAUUUUUAACUUGGCCGCUGUUAACAUUGACAACGAGACUGUACGCGAAGCAUUGGGUAUCACAGGAAUAUUUUUGUGCGUAUUUGGUUUGCUUUACGGUGGGUUUUGGAGGAUUCAAAUGCGAAAAAGAUUCAACUUACCUCCAUCCGAUUCAUGUUGCGGCAAACCGGCUGUUACCGAUUGUGCAUUGUGGCUAUUUUGCUGCUGGUGUUCACUUGCUCAAGAAGUGCGUACGGGAAAUAAUUACGACAUUAAAGAGGAUAAGUUCUAUAAAAAAACAGGUGAUGAUAAUAAUCAGAUUCCUUUAUCAACUUUACCUCUAGAAGAAAAAUCCGGUUACAAAUCUGGCCCGAGUUCUCCUUCACAAAGCACGUCAUUUCCCGCUUAUAAAUCCAGUUCUCCCAGCCCUAGCAGGUUUCUAAAGGAACAUCAAAGUCAAUCUGGUGAUGAUGUAACCCUGGAACCGCCUGUUCCGUCUGUUAUUCAUAGAGAACGCGAUUGAGACGAAAAAAGUCAUACGGACCAAGUUUCCGGCCCUGUAUUUGAGUUUUAUAUUUUUCCAUUGUCAUGUAAAGUUUGAGAAUUAUCUUUUGCUUGUAUGCAUUUUGUUUGCUGUGCUUCCAGAUUUUUUGUUAUUGUCAUAUUUUAACAAGUUUGAGAAUUUA